GCGCUAGUGUGUUUGCAUUGUUAUGAGUUGAAAUAGGGGUAUAGUUCCAAAAGUUGCUACCUCAAUUAAAUGCAAAUUCAGGUGCCGCGCUAGUGUCGUUUAGUUGAAAUAGGGGUAUUAGUUCCGUAGGUUGCAACCUCAUCCGCACAUGGGAUGAAACUGGUUUGGUUUCAUAAGGUUUCAUACUGCGACUUAAGUAUUCAUUCGUCUCAUUGUCAUUGUUAUUGUGAAUGUCGUUGAAGAAGCAGCUCGUGCUUGUGCUCGUGUUUUUUCAUAUGUGCAUAUUAUUUUGUAUUUUCUUAGUAAAUGAUCUUCGCAUACUUUACGUUAGCUGACAGAAACAGAUUUGGAUUGAAUUUGAGCAAAAUCAAGAACAAGAAAUGGCCGGAAUAUCCAACGUGUACGAUCCUGAACCGGCUGUGCCAACUCUGCAAGAAAAUUCAGCAAUCGCCAUUGCCUUCCAAGUAUUGCGCUAUGAAGUGAACAAAUAUCGUACGAACAACGAAUUGGAUAAAUUUAAUCCGGAAGAACUACACACUUCAUUGCGAGAAAAAUUACCAGAAUUACCAACCGCCAUUUAUGAUACUAUCGAGGAAUACGUGAAAAAACUUGGGCGUUCAGUGGGAAAUUGGCUUCGGCAGCAUCACGUCCCAAUAUCUUGGUAUCAUUACGGACAUAAAAAUUAUAUUUUGUACGACUUCGAUGAAUUUGUUGGCGAUUCUGCCGGUGGUAUUGAUUGGGAUAAGACUGCAGAACGUAUGAUGCAUUGUGACACGUUGAGUAAAACUAAAAAAUUCAAGGUCGCUUGUAUGUACUGCUUUGAGGAUGAUGUCAGACGAAUUUGGCCAUCUGUAUGGAUGAAAAUGGGCUUGCAUCUAAUAGAGUUUGACGAAUGCCCUCAAUUGUACUAUUGGUUUUGCUGUCUCAGCAAUCGGUUGGAUAAGAUACGGAACCGCAGGACUGGUUCGAUCGAUGCAGCGAUGUUUUAUGAGUGCAUCUAUCGCGAAGAGGCAUCCUGGAAAUAUUUUUGGAAUCGGUUAUCUCCCAGUGAACAAUUAAACAAAGCAGUGGAUGUUGCUCGUAUAGAUCAAUUAUAUUGUGUAGAGCGGAUUUUACCAAAAUUCAACGACCGGCAGCUCGAAAUAUUCGUGAAUCGGAUCGCGAGUGGAUGUAAUUUGAUAUAUUCUUUGAUUAUGAAUGAUUCGCGUGAUGGCCAUCAUCGUGUUGACAAAUGUUUUCAUCAAGCAUGGAUGCGCAUGAAAAACAUAAUGAGCGAAGAUUUAUUUAUAAAAUUGAUAACAAAAAUGUGGGAGAUCGAAAGUAAACAUUAUAAAUCGUAUAGGUUUAAGGAUGGAUGGUACGGUUGGGUUGACAAGAAUCGGUACGAGAGAAUUUGUUGUCGAUUUCGUGAACUAUGGAAUUGUGCUCCACGUAAUUUUAGAACAUCAGUGACGAAAAACGUUGUACCCAAAUUAAGAUUGUAUAAUUUCAAUCGCGAUUACAGUCACGAACCCAGCGAGCACGAUCGUCGCAAUAAAGAUCCUGUUAAUUCUUUAGAAUUCCUGUUCACCAUCCUUUCAGACGCUUCUUUGUUAGAGAGGCAUUCAUUUUGGUGCAACUGCUGGCCGGAUUUAAUCAAAGUCGCACAUUUCAACGAUUUGUCACGAAUAAUGGGAAUAUGCUUCGAAAACGAUGACCAGAUUAUUCAAUACAAAGAGAACGUCAUUGCCGGAAGCGACAUUUUACGAGAGAUUUGUGUAUCAUUACUCACACAUUCGUACUUCGAAGAACUAAACGAGCUUGCGAAUUUUUGUUUUCCCAAUGAAGAUUCAGCGAAACAUUACAAACAGCAAUUGCUUCAAUAUAAAGGUUUUCGGUGAAACGACUAUAUUCUUCGAUACACGUAUUUCAAACAUGCCAACCAAUUCGAUAAGUUCAUCAGCAAUAAUGCUUAAGGUAGCGUUGAUCUAUAGCUACAGAUUCGUAUUCAGGAUCUUCUGUAAAUCAAUUAUUGCUGCGGUGUUCGGGAAAUGAUGAUGAAGUUGCCAAAUUUUUAAGUAAUCUGCAAGAUUUCUAAAGUCUGAUUAUUUUUAGUUAAUUUAGGUGCCUAUAUUGAUCAAUCAAGUUGAACAUUUCGAACGUUUCGCUUGAAUUUCCUGAGCCAAGUUGAUAUGUAUUUUUAAGAACUCUGGUAACUUAUAAGUAGAUACCUACCUGAUAUAAAAUGUCUCGACUUGAUUUUUAAUUUUUUUUUCUAUGUAAUUCACGAUAAUUUACCAAUUGUUGUAUGCUAGACCUAUUAAGUAUUAAAUUGAUUCUAUUUUGUGUAAC